ACAAGCAAAUUCCCUCUCACACUGUGUUAAUGGAAACCCUCUCAAAACCCCACAUUCCCCCCUUCUCUCCAAACCCCCAUCAUUUCAUGACCCCGCCACUCGCCGCCAAAUUUCCUCUGCCGCUGCUCCGCAUCGCAUCCGCAACCUUCCGACGUUUCGCCGCCGCUCAAAUCCACCUCCCAGAAACUACACUUCCCGAACCCUCAACCUCAAAUUCGACACCCAAAGUACCUACCAGGGCUAGUAAAAUUAUAGAUGCCCAGCAACUUAAAUUAAACUGGCUUGACUCCCUCUCUUGCCCUUUUUUGGACGAGAAUGAAAAUAAAUGCUUGGAAAGCUCUGAUUUUAGCAAUGUUGGAUCCGAACCAUCCGGUUGGGUCAUGGGUAUUGACCCGGAUAUUUCUGGAGCCUUGGCCCUGCUAAAACCUAAUGAUUCUCCUCAGGUAUUUGACUCUCCUCAUUUGAAAGUACUGAUUGGCAAAGGAGUGCGGAAGCGAUUGGAUGCAAAGUCAAUUGUUCAGUUGAUUCAAAGUUUUAAUGCUCCUAUUGGAACCACUGCAUAUAUUGAGCAAUCACGUCCAUAUCCACAAGAUGGUAAGCAGGGAUGGUGGAGUGGGGGAUUUGGAUAUGGACUAUGGAUUGGAAUUUUAGUUGCCUCAGGCUUUUCCGUUGUUCCGGUCCCCUCAUUGUUGUGGAAGAAUGAGUUUAAACUUGCUGGGAAUCGCUCAAGCAAGGAUGAUAGUAGAGAGCUUGCUUCCAUUCUAUUUCCCUCUUUGAGUUCCCUGUUGAAAAGGAAGAAAGAUCAUGUUAUGGGAUUUGGAGUUGAAUGACUAUGUCAACUUGCUCGAGGGAGUUCACUGUAAAAACCUUUCGUGUUCCAAAUGAAAAAUAGGUUCUGAACAGGAGACUGUCAUCUGUUGCAUGCCACAAACGACGGCCUUAGACUAAAUGACUCUUUUUUUUUAUUUUUCUAUUAAUAUUAGGCAUAUUGAACUGGGGAAUAGCAUUCUACUGUCCAUGUCUGAUCUUUAUGGCUUGUUUGGAAAGUUAUACUGUACAGGGGGAAAAAACCUUAAAUCUUUAUCAUAUAUGCCCUUGAUGUUUUUAAGUCUGUUAGCUAUUGGCAGGAUAAGUCUUUCAAGGGACAAGUUGGUCUUCUUUGACACCAAUCUGAAGCAAUAUUCCUGUGUCAGUUUUAAAUUAUUUGCUAAAUGGAUUUGAAAGAUACGUAACAUAUUAUCUUACUUUGUCUCUGUUUUCUUUCAUUGAAGAUUUUCUCUAGGGAGGCAAUUUGCAGACUUGCAUAUAUUGUGUUUUGUCGAUUCUGAUUGUAGAUUGUUAUCACAUGCCAAAGAUUUGGAAUUUUUGCACUGAUCUAUAUUCCCGAGUAUUUUCUUCCUUGACGUUGUGGAAUCUAGAAAAAGCACUUGCAACACCAUUUCUACAUAUUUUUAUGUUACCUCAAGCCCACUUAGGGAAUAUGAGUAUAUUAUAAAUCUUUUCCUCAGUUUUUUCUUGGUCUUCAUACUACCAUUUAAGUUUCACAUUUAAUUUUCUUGAAUAUUUAAUCAUUUGAAAUUCUCCCCUAUCCAUUCUAAAGCUUAUAGAUGAAGUAAUCAGGCCUUCAGUUCAAGGAUCAGGACUCUCUUUUAUGAUAAUUCUAUGUGCUUGGCCCAUUUAGAGCUAGGGAAAAAAAAAAUUCAAUUUUCGUGUAAGAUGGUGCCGUAGAAUAAAUGAGCACUUUCUUUACCUUAAGAAACUUUAAGGUGAGGUGGUGACAGGACACUCAUUUCCCUUCUCACCCUGCAACACGUGCACAAAGUGAUUGAGAGAGUUGGUGGUGGCUGUGAUGACAAAUAUGAGAUCCUAUAUCAACGGAUUAUUUAUCUUCUUUUUUCUCACCAUAUCCCGUCUUAUGUUAUAAUGCUCUGGGUUUUGGAAUU